GGAGAAGGAGUGUUUCCGGAAGACGUGGCUGUUGCUGCAGUGGGAACUGAUACCCAAAUUAUUCUUAGAAGAGUACUUGUAUAGUUACUACAAUAUUUAUUCUAUUUUUAUUCUAUCUUCACCCGUUUAUCCGGCGGCAAGAUGAUUUCGUUAACGGACUCCCAAAAGAUUGGAAUGGGAUUAACAGGCUUCGGCGUGUUUUUCCUCUUCUUCGGGAUGAUCCUGUUCUUUGACAAAGCCCUCUUGGCUAUUGGAAAUAUCCUUUUUGUUGCUGGACUCGCCUUUGUCAUCGGGUUGGAGAGGACCUUCCGCUUCUUCUUCCAGAAGCACAAGAUGAAGGCCACCAGUUUCUUCCUGGGAGGUGUGUUUGUGGUGCUCAUUGGCUGGCCCAUCAUCGGGGUUGUGCUGGAGAUCUACGGAUUUUUCCUCUUGUUCAGGGGGUUCUUCCCAGUUGUAGUAGGCUUUAUCAGAAGGAUACCUGUCCUGGGCUCCAUCUUAAACCUGCCCUUCAUCAGUGCACCUUCGUAAGGCUCUGAGGACAAU